AUUCGUCCUACCCGGGAGGGACAGCUCGGACGGACCAUGGCGCGGCUCGGGCUCUCGCUGCGAAUCCUGCCGCUUCUGCUGCUCGGGGCGCUCGCCGCCUUUUCUCCCCCGCGCUUCCCCAACGCGGGUGGGCAACGCAUCCUGGAAUACUCGGUGCUGCUGGACCAGGCGUCGGGGGAGCUAAAAUUGGUCCGCGGUUGGGUACCGGCCGCCGUCGCUUCGGCCAACCUGACCGACGGGAUCCAGAAUAACGGAUGGGCAGUGCUGGAAUUAACCACCAACGAGAAAUAUAAUGACAGCAUUCAGGCUUACGCAGCUGGGCUGGCUGAAGCCGCCGUCUCUGAGCAGCUGAUAUACAUGCAAUGGAUGAACACUUUGGUUAGCUACUGUGGGCCAUUUACCUACCGGACGGACUACUGCCAAAAGUUGAAAAAUUACCUUGAAGCCAACUUGAAUUGGAUGGAGCAGCAGAUCGAACAAGCAGGAAUGGAUUCUGCGUAUUGGCAUCAGGUCCGCCUUGUUCUGCUGCAGUUGAAAGGCCUUGAGGACGGAUACAACGGUCAGAUUUCCUUCCCGACGGGCAGCUUCUCUGUCGCUCCUUUCGGCUUUCUCUUGUUCCAGCUGGGCGGUGAUCUGGAAGACCUGGAGUCAGUCUUCAAUAAACCUGAAGAGGAAGAUACUCUUGGCUCUGGCUCUUGCUCGGCUCUGAUCAAACUUUUACCUGGCAACCGGGACCUUCUGGUUUCACACGACACGUGGAGCAAUUACGAAACCAUGUUGCGGAUUCUCAAAAAAUAUACUCUCCCCUUCCGGACUUCGCCUCACAGUGACACCACAAUUCCUGGUCACACCCAAGCUUUCUCUUCGUAUCCAGGCACUAUCUUUUCCUGCGACGAUUUCUACAUCUUGAGUAGCGGAUUGGUGAGUCUGGAAACGACGAUCGGAAACAGCAAUAGCGACCUUUGGAAAUUCAUCACACCUGACAACAGUGUGUUGGAAUGGUUGCGUAACAUUGUGGCUAACCGUCUCGCAAGGACUGGGGCAGAGUGGGCGACCAUCUUUGAGAAGUUCAACAGUGGCACAUACAACAACCAAUGGAUGAUUGUGGAUUAUAAAUCCUUUGUCCCAGGUGCGGUUGCUCCUCAGCAUGGGCUCCUGACUGUGUUGGAACAGAUUCCGGGAAUGGUGGUUACUGCCGAUAUGACCGAACUGUUGUACCAAGAAGGCUACUGGGCAAGCUACAAUGUGCCGUACUUCCAAGAUAUCUUCAACACCAGCGGGCUCCCAGCACUGGUUCAGAAAUAUGGGGACUGGUUCACCUACGAAAAGACGCCCCGGGCACAAAUUUUCCGGCGUAACCAAACUCUUGUACGGGAUAUGGAUUCAAUGAUCCGAUUGAUGAGGUUCAACAACUUCCCUCAAGAUCCUUUGUCCCGGUGCCCAGGUUGCAACCCACCCCAGAAUGGAGAAAAUGCCAUCGCUGCCCGCUCUGAUCUCAAUCCUGCCAAUGGCACCUACCCCUUUGGGGCUCUCUACCAGCGGCGGCACGGGGCCACCGAUAUGAAGGUGACUUCUUUGGAACUGAUGAAGAAUUACAGCUUCCUGGCCGUCAGCGGGCCUACCUGGGACGACCUUCCACCUUUCCAGUGGAGCUCUUCUCCAUAUUGCAAUAUAUCCCACAUGGGACAGCCGGAUUUAUGGAAAUUCUCGCCCAUCCAACUUCACUGGGGCUGAAUUUUUAGGGGGAGGUGGGGAAGGCUGGGCCAGGCUUGGACUGUGAGCCGAAUUCUAGCUACCUACCUGAAGCUUUUUGGAGGUGCAGAUUCCACCCCCGGGCUGGCUUUUCUUGAAAGAAAGGGGAAAAGCAUUCGUUCUUUCGUUCUCACGAGCUUGAGCAGUUAAUAGUGAAGAAAUGCCACCAUUUGGUACGGCAAUGGGAUGUUGGAGGAACUUCACUUCCCGAGGGAAAUGCAUACUGCUUGCAUUUAAACAUACUAUUUUAAAAUAUUAUAAUAUUUUUAGCCCUAUCUGGCUGGGCAAUAAAAUAAAAUAAAAUGCUUCACAGCCUGCAGAAAAACCUGGGAAAAACAACAACCCAAAAAACAGAUUUACGGGUUGAAGAAAAAGUUUUUUCCAUAAGAGGUAUGAGUCCCAACCUCGGUUUGCUAGCCAAGUGAUACCCCCUUGGUCGGUCUCCCUAGUUUUGAAGGGAAACGUUGUCUUCGGCUGUGCCCUGUAAAACCCAGUUGCGUUUUCUUGUCAGACCUAAGAUCAGUUUCGGCAGAACAAUCGAGGGGGUGGGAUUUUUUUUUUCCUGCGGGAUGCCCGAAAAGCAUCGCGAUGCAGCUAUUCCAUAUCGAUGGUAGAAUCCUCCCAGUUGUAAAAUGGUCGUGGUCCGAGCGUCUGACUUGCCGCCACGAUUUAAGAUAACCUUGGCUCUCACUUUGAUCUUGGAGGGGGGAACACGGCCAUCUGACAGAAAGAGAUCCACCCUACAAUUGGGAUCCUGCUUGAUCCCGCUGGCUGUUAGCUUUUUCUCUGGAGAAAAACGCCAUCUGGAUUUAUUUAAAUUUCAUUUAGUUUAUUUUGUCGCCUGACAUAUUGAAAGGCCCAUCAACGCGAGCUGGCAAACCAGCUGUCGUACAGAUGUUAUACAGGUAUACGUUUGCCACGGUACUCUACCCCAGCAGCCAAAAUCCAGCUUUCCCUUUUCAAUGAACCCAUGGAGGCGACUCUGAUAUUUUCUGCCAGUUUGUUAUUAUGGGAUAGAGCAAGCAGCAGCACCCUUAUCUUGGGACGAACCGGAAGAGCCAAAGAUGCUCUUUUGCGUCUAAAAGGAAGGAGAUCGUUGAGAAGAAGACUCAUAGAUCAGGGUAUAAAAGUAACUCGUAUGACAGGAUUUCUGAUUGGUUUGUCUCAUCUCACCCCAAACCUUUUCAAACUUUUCGUUUUGUUUUGUUGUUCCAAUAAACGCCUACGCAAACCUGUUGUGCAGCGA